AGAAGAUAUGUUUCAGAACGGAAUCAAUUUCGAUAAUUUUGUCAUUUCCUGCAGCUUCGAAGGAUUUCAGUGCUAUCGAGAAAAUUUUACUGUCUUGUAUAAUCCAUCAUAUGGAAAGUGCUAUAUGUUUAAUUUCAUUGGAGACACUAUUUCGAGUUUAGAGAAGCCGAUACAAAUUUUUAAUUACGGAAGCCAUAGCGGUCUGAAACUAAUAUUACACGUGAGUCAAGCGACAUCGGUAGAUUUACUGAAUCGCCACAUCGGCGCUCGAGUUGUGGUGCACGAUCCGAGGGAUUUACCGUUUGUGGCUGAGUACGGCAUCAGUCUGCGACCACACGACAUGUCCGGGAUAGAGGUCACGCAAUCCUAUGUAUCGAGACUGGGUCCUCCGUAUGGAUCGUGCGUCAAUGACGGAAGUCAACUCAAGUUCCGAUUGGCCACCGCACAAUACUCUAUACUAGGAUGCGAAAAAAGUUGCCGACAUUACUAUUUGACAACAAAAUGCAACUGCACGAGGAGGAUAUAUUUAAGAGGAACAGUUCUACUCAAAGCAUUGACUGCCUAUGACUUUUGUAAAGUGACGGAGCAGAAACAAUAUGAGUGCAUGUACAAUGUGAUAACUGAUAUUGAGAGCGGAACAAUUCCUUGUGGUUGCAAGCCUCCUUGCCAGGAAAAAGUAUAUAGCUACUCUUCAUCAGCGAGUCAAUUAAAUGAAAAUUACUUCAAGGCAGUUAAAGAAAUUCUAACCCUGUCUCAUAGCGGUAGAGAAAACUUUACAGUGAGAAAUGCAUCGGACAACAAUUGCAUGAUUGGAGUGAAGGUAUACUACAGAACUUUCCAAGUUGAUAAAGACGUAGAAAUAGCAUCUUACAGUUGGGAGACACUGGUCGCAAACAUAGGAGGCAAUUUAGGAUUUUUCAUGGGAUUGACUUUGGUCACCUUUGUGGAAAUCUUCGAGUUUCUGUGGGACAUAAUGAAAACUGUUUUCGAAAAAAUACAGAUGAGAGAACGAAGCAGAACAUUUCCGGUAAAAGUAAGCCCUUCUUGA